AUGAAUGCCAACACAAUCCUUUUUGCAAAUCCCAUUCCGAAAGUUUAUCGGACUCUACCACCGCCGAGAUCUGAAUUGGUUGAAGUUUUGGCAUUCAUUUAUACAGGUCCAGUACAACCAACUGAUGAGGAAUUCAAAAAGACACCUUUACUCGUAGGUCAUAAUCGAGUAGCAAAUGCACUGGAGUGGCUCAAACUAAACCACAUUGACUAUCAUGACAUUGAUAUAUCCUAUGACAACCUCAAAUCAUAUCCACAGAAUCAGCCACCUGUUGUUAUGUCCUAUAAUCCUCAGUUUAAGCCAAAGGAAGGCAUAGCUAAAAGCGUGCAUGGAUCUUUGGAUGAAGAAGAGGGUACCGCCUCAGGCCCUUGUCCCUUGGUUGUGCAUGGUGUUACUGGGGAACAGCUGCAUAUGAAAAGUAUAAAAUCUUUGAAAGCGCUAGCUGUGAAACAUUUAACCUCUGGUGGUCAAGUGAUGGCUAUGGGUCAUGCAGAAAAUCUGGAGUCCAUCUACAACAAUCCACAAUUGUACCCGCAAAUAUUUCCAUGGUUAUUUCCCUACGGCUUGGGGGGAAUAGCACAACCUAAUUAUUAUACUAAGAUAUCUGAGCUGGCUCACAAACAACAUUUGCUGAUGUAUCAUGACAAAAGAUUCCAACUGGAUGAAUACUUUCCUAUUAUUGCAUUCAACCAUGAGCAAAAUAAAGGCCAGCACUACCGGGGGGUUCUUGCUAGCUGA